UCGGCUCCGUGUUCCCCUCGCCUCACCGGGCUCCGCCGGCGUCUGCGUCCACCCCGCGCGCUCUCCGCCCCGGCCCCGGGGCUCGACGCUCGGGCCAGGGCGGUGCAGCGUCCGACCAGCAACCGUCGUCGGGAAAUAAUGCAAAAGGUGUCUCAAGGCUCCUGACCAGUGAACAAAGAUUUGAGAAAGACAGCCAAGCUCAUGUUUUCUCCUGAUCAAGAAAGCCAUCCUUCCAAAGCACCAGUGAAAUACGGUGAACUCAUUGUCUUAGGGUAUAAUGGGUCUCUCCCAAACGGCGAUAGAGGAAGGAGGAAAAGUAGGUUUGCAUUGUUUAAAAGACCUAAGGCAAAUGGGGUGAAGCCCAGCACUGUGCAUAUUGCAUGUACUCCUCAAGCUGCCAAGGCAAUAAGCAACAAGGACCAGCAUAGCAUAUCAUAUACUUUAUCUCGAGCCCAGACAGUGGUGGUUGAAUAUACUCACGACAGCAACAUGGAUAUGUUUCAGAUUGGUCGGUCAACUGAAAGUCCUAUUGAUUUUGUAGUAACUGACACAGUUCCUGGAAGUCAAAGUAACUCUGAUACACAGUCAGUUCAAAGCACUAUAUCAAGAUUUGCCUGUAGGAUAAUAUGUGAACGGAAUCCUCCCUUUACAGCACGGAUUUAUGCUGCAGGAUUUGAUUCAUCAAAAAACAUCUUUCUUGGGGAAAAGGCUGCCAAAUGGAAGACAUCUGAUGGGCAGAUGGAUGGCUUGACCACUAAUGGUGUUCUUGUGAUGCAUCCACGCAAUGGGUUCACAGAAGACUCCAAGCCUGGAAUAUGGAGAGAAAUAUCAGUAUGUGGAAAUGUGUUCAGUCUACGUGAAACCAGAUCAGCUCAGCAGAGAGGAAAAAUGGUGGAAAUCGAAACCAAUCAGCUACAAGAUGGCUCCCUAAUCGACCUUUGUGGUGCAACCUUGCUGUGGCGUACUGCAGAAGGUCUUUCCCAUACUCCUACCUUGAAGCAUUUAGAAGCUUUGAGACAGGAAAUCAACGCAGCACGGCCUCAGUGCCCCGUGGGCUUCAACACACUGGCUUUUCCCAGUAUGAAGAGGAAAGAUGUUGUAGAUGAAAAACAACCGUGGGUGUAUCUAAACUGUGGCCAUGUUCACGGUUAUCAUAACUGGGGAAACAAAGAAGAACGUGACGGAAAAGACCGUGAAUGUCCUAUGUGUAGGUCUGUUGGUCCCUAUGUCCCUCUGUGGCUUGGAUGUGAAGCUGGAUUUUAUGUGGACGCCGGCCCUCCAACCCAUGCCUUUAGCCCUUGUGGGCAUGUGUGUUCAGAAAAGACAACAGCCUAUUGGUCCCAGAUCCCACUUCCUCAUGGUACUCACACUUUUCAUGCAGCCUGUCCCUUCUGUGCACAUCAGUUGGCUGGUGAACAAGGCUACAUCAGACUUAUUUUCCAAGGACCUCUAGACUAACAAACAGUUGUCCUCCAGGACUGCAUUAUAAAUUUAUAAGCUAAGUGAGUUGGGUUUUCCAACCUCUUGUCCAUGUCAGUUUCUCUGCUCUGGUCAUUUGCAUUAAGAUGAAGAAUUUUUUAAAAUAUUUAUAAUAAAUAGCAAUUUCUGAGAAAAAUCUGGGAAACUCAAGCAAAGGAAUUUUUGAAAGUACCAGACUUCUGAAUCUGAGUUUUGAAAAUAUAUUUUGAGGAGAAAAAGACAGUCUAAUUUGAUGCCUUCGUCUUAGUGUUUUUGAAUCACCCGUCCUCAGUGUUGGGUUCUGUAAAACUGAGGGUUCUGUCGGUUCAAACUAUGUUAGUUUACAGUUUGCUGCAGACAGUGUAAAAUACGGCAACAUGUAUAUUAAUUUUUACUGUCUAUCUUUAUCACAGAGAAGAUCAUGAGCAUUCACAGUACAAUAGCACAGUGAUGGUGGUGGGCACACCUUCUGUGUGAGCAGAGCGUGGUGGGCGCAUAGUGUGAGGGUUUGCAGCUAGGAAGAAAGGCAAGACAACCUCCCCCAACCCCGUAUAAAUAGGGAAAUGUGGUAAAUUAGAACCCUUUACAAAACCAGAUUCACAUUGAUUGCCAUUGACUAAGGGGUGUUUGUUCUUAACCAUAUUGAAGUUAAUCAGGAAAGAUUUUUGUCCUUAGUGUUCCUCAAGUAUAGUACUAUAACAAAAAAGUGGUAAGAAACAUUUUAUAUGCUCCUUUGAAUAUGCAAUUUAGAUUAUCUAUUUUUCUCCCAUGAUAACUAAUCUGUUUUUAGUGCCAGCAACAUUUGGCAAGUUUAUUUUUUUGGAUAUAAACUGUGAUUCAUCUGUUCACUGUUUCUAAGAAAAGAAAAAAAAAAAAAAGAAAAAAAAUCCUAUAAGAAAAUGCAUAAAUUAACAAGAAAUUAACAAGAAAAUUACUUGAUUUGCUUUUAGAGAAAAGAAAUAAAAAGAAAUGUUUUGUUAGUACUCUGUCUCUGGAUUUAUCCAGGCAUAGAAAUUGAGAGCUAUAAAGGGUUGAAUGACAAUAGUACCUCCCUUUUUUAACCUACAGACCAGCCUUAACUGUGGGCUUGACUCCUAAGGAGAGUUGCCACAGUGAACUCAAGGAAAUGUCGGUUAGCAGAUGAGCACCAGUGACAGCAGAGGAGGAUUGCAUUUGCCGGGUCUGUUCUCUAAUUCCGGUGUGUGCUUUGCUUUCAGAAGCAACACAAGUUUCUUCUCACCCCCAGCCUUCUAAAGGACGCACCAGAAGUAGAGACAGUCACACUACACCAAACCCUUCGACACUUGUGGGAAUCAGUGUCCUUUUAGACUAGGCAGAAUCAUCUCUCAGUCUUUGAUUUCUUUUCCUUUAGUUUGAAACCUUGUAUAAUACUUCAUUGACUGUAGCAAAUUUUUGUAUGUGGUAGUAUAGCGUUAAUUUAUCUUAUUACAUCAAUGUUCUGAAUUUUUUUUUUAAGUAGAACAAAAAAAUUUGUCACUUAGAAGCCAUGAACUAUUUUAUUUUAUUUGGUUGUCAAAUUUCUUGUUUUGAAAAUGAUCAUUUGGUUUCACUCAGGAAAUGCAUGUCAGGAAAUUUGUAUUAUAAGUUACCUGUGAUGUAUCAGUAACUGCUGGUUGUUGCCCUGUUUUCAAAGAAAUUUAAUUGAUUUUGAAGUUUUCUGGUCACGUGCUUUGUGACUAACGCAAGGAAAUGGAGUCCUGUGUUGUGUUAGUUCUUGUCAUUUCUAUUCAGGCUAUAUAUUGUAGCUUAAUUUUUAUUUGCAAUUAAUUUAUUCAAACUAAGUAAAUACUUUUCAAAAUAG